AUGUCUACCGCUCUCAAAUCCAUCAGAUCCCUCGCUCCUCUCCUCGAUCGUGUCCUCGUCCAACGCAUCAAAGCCGAAACUAAGACCGCGUCCGGCAUCUUCCUCCCGGAAUCAGCUGUCAAGGAACUGAACGAGGCAAAGGUCUUGGCUGUCGGACCCGGCGGACUGGAUAAGGAUGGCAAGAGAGUGUCUUGUAGUGUGCAACCUGGUGAUAAGGUGUUGAUUCCUCAGUAUGGUGGAUCACCAGUCAAGGUUGGAGAUGAGGAGUACUCGCUUUUCCGCGAUUAUGAGCUUCUUGCUAAGAUCAACGAGUAA